GACAUAAUGCACUAUGGAGUUUACAUUCAGAAAAUCGGUCAUGUCCACACAGCGGUACAUAUUGGCAUGGCUGUCACACACGCGAAAGUCAAAACAUUCAGUGUCCAAACAAAACGAUGGAUGUCGUAGAAACUAAGCCGCAAAUCGCCAACAUUCCAGAACCCAAAAUCCAGCCAGUAGAAAUCGAGAUACUGCCUGUUGUGUACGACAUCAUCCGAAGUGUGGAAAAGGACCCGAUAGAUAACACCGCGAAACAAAAGGAAAGUGCCGAGUGCAGUCAGAAGGUCCUUGAACUUCAGCGGACACUUGAGACCGCCCGGGCAACCAUCCGGAAGCUGCACGGUAUCGAGUACAGCAAAGAGGAGCAACUGCGAAGACUCGAAAGCCUCCGGAAACAGCUGGCACUGAAGCAGCAGCUCAUCAAGAAGUAUAAAAACGUCCAGUUCUAGGAUAAGCCGCCAGUAACAGAGGUUGCGAUGGUGCUGCAGUUGAUUCUACGAUACUUAGCCAACAACGAGCAGCUAAUCCAACGUUUGGCCGACUCGUACCCUCUGCGCAGAGCGGCCCAGAUGGUGCUGAGCGCGUACUAUCGCACCCGUUCCGUUGCCGAACAGCAGAAGCUCGUUGGCAUGACGCCGGAACGAUUGCAGCAGGCGCUACGCAGUUUCAAGUCGAACGUGCAGAAAGAGAUCGAAAAUGCGAAGAAUGAUUUGGCCAAAAAGAAGUGAAAGAUGUUUUGCGGAUGUGUUCGAGAGUGCUCGGGGCGUGUGUGUAGUUGUGUAAACUGUGCCGUGCUUCAAUGUAAUUAAAAUUUAUUUGUAUUUUUGAAAAUGUA